AUGCGCCUCUUUAGCAAAUUUCACGCCGUGUGCGCCUUGGCGAUAUGCAGUAUCCUGCUUUCUGCCUCGUUCCUAGCUUCUCAGCACUAUUACCGCCGGGUUGUCGCCGACGAUGAGCCAUCGGCCAAGCUUCGCCCCGCGGCGUCAUUCGAUCGCCGGUUAGUGGUCUUUGGCGAUUCUUGGAGUGACAACAAUGCCGCUGAGAUCCAAGGGUCCGUUUGGACGGAAUGGCUCUGCUCCUCGUUCUCCUGUCACCAUGAGAAUUUGGCCGAAACCGCCAAGUCUCUGAGUGGAAAUUACAUUGGCUCGGUUGUGGAUAACUCGGAGUUGUCGGGCUCUCUACUCCACCUAUACAAGUCCCCCCUGGCCGACCUGAAAGCCCAGGUCAGCCAUUGGUUGGCAGCCGAGACAGAAGCUAUGCAGGCGAUGAGUGCAGAAGCGAUCGGCAACCGUCAGAACCGGACCAUUGUCAUCCUUUCCUUUGGCGUGUGGGACCUGUGGAAUGUUGUGGGCAAGACAUACAAAGAAGCGACCCAAUCGAUCGACCACACGCUGGACGUGAUUCUGGAUCAGCUCAAUCUGCUGGCGGAGCUUUGGGGUGACAACGAUUUGAAACUCAUCCUGACUUUGACCCCGGAUGUGACCUUCCUGCCUGCGUUCCGGGUCCAGGCUGAACAGCACAAGGCCAAACAGAAAGACGCCGUCAGCAUGUCCGACUACUGGAAUCAGCACCUGCGACAGAGAGCAGAUGGAUGGGGCAAUGGAACGAUCUAUCUGUUCGAUACGAAUGCCUUCCUUGCCGACCAGAUCCGCGACUGGCAGCUUUUCGUUGCGGGGAUCGAGGAAACAAACGGCCUGGGCAAGAAUGAAGACCCUGGCUGGGAAAACGUAGAGGACGCUUGCGUCCAGAGCAGCCAGCAAUGGAUGGUGACAUCAGAGACGAAACAGUGUGAUCGUCCCGAAAAGUUUUUGUUUUGGAACGAGAUGCACUUGGGACCCUCCGCGCACCGGCUGUUGGGCAUGGAAGUCUUUCACGGAAUUCAGGAGAUGUGGCUCCAGUGA